ACGCCCUUUCUCCUCCUCCUCCUCAGGGUCGAUGUAACCGCGAGAAGCCACCCUGCAAGUACUUCCACCCUCCGCAGCAUCUCAAGGACCAGCUGCUCAUCAACGGCAGGAACCACCUGGCUCUCAAGAAUGCCAUCAUGACUCAGAUUCAGGGCCUCAGCCCAGGCACGCCCGUCGUCCCCGGCACCAUACCAGUUGAACAAAUGCAACAACAAUAUUACCCUAGCGCCCCGACCGCUCACAGUAGACAAGAGCAGAGAUCUUCGGGAACUCAGGCGCAAUACACCCUAUACAACACCGCAAUUUCUGCAGAAAACGUUCCUCUUAUGCUCUCAGCGACAGGAGAAGGUCGUGCAGGCCCCGCAGAUCCUCCGCACCUGAUCGCUGACCACCGCGUCGUGCCUGCUCAACAGCACAACUCACCCUACCUGGCCGGCAUCCCGACAAUGGGUAACUUCAACCCAUACAUCGCCUCGUCCCCCGUCAUGACGAUGGGCAUGACCGACGUGGCCUCGCCCAUCACGGGGGUGGUGCCCCAGCAGGUGGUCACGGCUCAGAAGGUGCCACGGACCGACCGACUAGAGGUAUGCCGCGAGUUUCAGCGCGGCGCGUGCAAGAGGCCGGAGCAGGAGUGCCGCUUCGCCCACCCGCCCGAUCACGUGAGCACGACAGACGAGGGCACUGUCACAGUUUGCAUGGACGCUAUCAAGAGCCGCUGCUCUCGUGAACCCUGUCGCUACUUCCACCCUCCCCCGCACCUUCAGGCCCAGCUCAGGGCGAGCCAAGGCCGCGCCGCACAACAACCUGUGGCUUUCCCUGGAAUGGGCGUGCCCUACAAGCGCCCCGCCGGAGACAAGUCGGGCGUGCCGGUGUACCAACCGACGGGGAACGCAGCGUACCAGCAAGCCCUGAUGCAGCAGCUGGGAGGGCAGAGCUUUGUGCCAGUGUCAUCAGGCUUGCUUCCCAAUAAUGCCACAUCUGUAGUCUACACCGACGAAAACGGUCAGUUGCUGGACACCCUGCAAGUGUGCCGCGAUUUUAAGUACGGCCAGUGUGUGAGACCAGCCUGCAAGUUUGUCCAUCUCCUUGAAGAUCACGUAGAGGUGACAGACAUGAAGGUGAGUGUCUGCCGGGACGCGGUGAAGGGCAAGUGCGGGCGUGGGCUGUGCAAGUACUACCACCUGCCAGUCGUCCUGCCGCCCGCACCCCUCGACCCGCACUCCGCCCGUGCCCCGCAGUCUGGUCCGCGCCACCACGGUCUCCACAACCCGCCCAACAACCCGCUCAUGCUAGACAACGCCCACUACAUGGACAACACCACCAAGCCGGCAACAACACCCAGCAACAACAACAGCAGCAGCAACAACAACAACAACAAUAACAACAGCGAUCCGGCGACCAACCCUGCCAACGCCUCCAGUAUCCAAGUCAUCGCCAACUUAAGCAGUUCCAAUAAUAUCAUUUGUAACUAGUGAUGAAAAAAGCGGUGAAGUAAUAAUAAUGUACAGAGAAGCAAAAUUUAUUCUAGUUCGAAAAAAGAUGCAUGAAGGAGGCACUGAAACAUAACCUCACAUUAGAUAAAAAGAGAGAGUAAGUGAAGAAGUGUGUCGUGUUGUUGGCUGAGGUGUGGGGGGUUGUGGGGCGUGGGCAGCGCACGAGGCCCGGGACCCCCGGAGCGUCUGGUGCUAGCACAGCCAUGCUCACAUUAUGUGAUUUGUCAAGUGUGUCCUUACAGUCCCCUCCCAUGGGGAUGGGUCAACUCCAGCACUCGUGGAUAUUUUUUCAAAAAACAUAACAAAAAAUAAAUUUUCACUUUGUUUUUAUCUCUUUUAUAUAAGGAUAAGGUAGGAAGAAGAUGCCCUUAUAAAGGGCUGAGAUUAAUUAUUUUCUAUUAUGUACCAAUGAAACAGACUCUUGGACUGUUGUGCGUACAUGACAAAGUCACGUGCCAGUGAAGCCCCCGACAAGCGACCGGCACUGCAGGGAAGUGCCCUCCUACCCCGACACCCGCCAGGCCGAGCCCGGGCACCCGCUGUGCCCUGGCCCACCCGCCCGCAUGCUCUACUUCUCCUUCAUCAGGAUAGUUACGUCUGUACCAGGCAGCUUCCCGGCAUAAGUCCAACUACGGCAGUAUUCCUUCCCAAGGCCCCCACUCCUCUCCCUUUAACGUAGAGUAAAAGUUAAAAGAGUAAAUAUUUCCUGUACUAUGAAUCCACAGAGGUGGGCUAAGGACCCCGGGGUAUAUACCUAACUAGAUAAGUAAUAGUUUGGGCACCUGUUAGGUCUCAUGACAAACCUUUAAGUCCGUGUGUGUGUUGGCUGAGCGUGGCGGGUGUCUGCGCGGAGGGCAGUUCCCUCGUAACUGCCAGUGCGCGCUGGUCCAUUAUCUAGGAGAAGAAACAGCGAGAAGCUCGACUGAACAUAGAGGACUCAGAAAUGAGGAAGGCGAAAGAGAGAGAGAAGGAAGAAGGAAGUAUAGCCUGAGGAAGGAGCAGAGGAAGCGAGGUCACUUAUUGAUGAAGACCGAAGCAAGAAGGAAUCUCUUACUGCAAAUAUUUUAUCAAGUUUUUGGCCUGUUUUACACGAAUUGGUUUCUAGUCAUUUACCCUUUGUUUUAUUUCCUUUUAUGCCAUGACUAGCUCGGUGAAUUUUUAGGGGCUGUGAGAACUUACUACAGUAUGUCUGGUUUUAUAUGAAACUGUAUUAUGCAAAGCCGUAUAUGUAUGUUGUAGUACUUGUAAUGGAUAAAUUUUUCAUAGUUCCUUGUGUUAUUUUUACAUAUAAGAAACUUCAGUGUUUUAUUACAUGUAAAGUGCCACGAUUUUAAUGUUCCUGUAAUUCAAGCAUUUAGGAAUCAAAGAGAGGGUAUAAGGAGGGUCGAAGGCACUGCUUGCAGAAGUCCCGGCUUUAGAAGUCACCGUUUGGCAUUAGUCUGUCCGGGUGGCCUGUUUGUAUUUUUAUACAAGGAUAAAUCAGUUGCAUGGAUUGCAUGGCCUAUUUGAGAAGAAAACAAAACAACAACAGUACAUCGUUUAUGCUUUCAAUAUUAUAUUCAUUAAAGUAUUCCAAAAGCUCAGCUACCAAAAAGCACAAUGCAUGAGAUAUCAAACAUAUCAAUUUUUUCUACUUAAAGUAAGAUAUGUAAAUCGUGAGGGAAAAAAAGAUAUCGUUAUUGCUUAUCGUGAAAUAACAUUGCUUCCCAUGUUAUUACAGACAAAUUCUAAUCGAGUGAUCAGUCUACUUUGGAGCUGCACCAGUCUCGUCUGCUCAAAUGUAAAUCUUAUCGUACUUCUCUUGAUUAUUACUAAUAUUUUCAAUAUUGUUUAUCAUAAUUUCCCUUGGCGGUAUUAUAGUUGCUUAUUCGAUCACGAUUGAAGAAAAAUGAAAGUAAACUAUAACAGAAAGAUAAAAAAAACAUACGAUUGUGAGUGGAAAUUUCUCUCUCUUUUUUGUGAUAUAUUUAAAAAUAAUAAAGCACAAUCCAAGACGUAAUGUCCAGUAAAUGAAUACUUAACGACGUGAAGUGUCCAUGACAUAGGCCCCCCGGACACGCCUGCUCUCUCGCUAGGUCACUUGUUCCGUCAGGCUCAGCCAGGUGGCAGGGCUGUCUCCCAUCCACCUCCCCCUUCUCCCCCUACCCCUUAUCCUUUCUCCAUCCCCCUAACCAUCCUCUUCAUCUCGCCCCGUUCCUUCCUUCCCUUGUCGGUAUACUGACUCUACAACUACCAUUACCAUACCCCCCCCCCCCAGUUUACACUAAAUCCCACUGCUUGGUCUUGUACAUAGAAGCACUAAUACUUGGUCAUGUACAAACGACUAAUAGUACCUGGUCAUGUGCACAUGAAAUGUUACUGACAGAUCCUGCACAUGUGAUGAUAGUACCUGGUUAUGGACACCAAUCAAGUUACUGUAAAACUAUGUACUCCAUGCAUAGUAGUACUUGGUCGGUACACAUGACUUGCUACUACCUGCUCACGUUUACAUGAUCAGUGCUACAUGUUCGUGUGCACAUGACCUGAGGUACACAUUCUUGUACACACAAACAACAUUUUUUGGUCAUUUAUACACCGUAUAUUUGUUCAUGUAAGCAUGGCCAGUCUGUCCUGGACGUGCAUACAUGAUAUGUAGUACCUGCUCAUGUACACACGGACAGUAUUACCUGAUCAUGUAUACAAGGUCGGUAGUAUCAGGCCAUGUAGAUGCGAUCGGCAGUACUUGGUCGUCUGUACAGUCAGUGGCGCUAAGACAUGUGCCCAUAGUCAGCCGUACUUGUUUCAUGCACGAAUAUUGCUGGCUAGGUGUAUGGUUAGUACACUGGCAAUGUGCAAAAAGCAAAAAGUCCUCAGUCCAGUCCACAAACACAGCAGGCCCCUCGCAACACCCACGUCCCCUCAGAGUCGCCCAUCCAAGCACAGUCAUAGUCUACAAGAUCACUCCCAACCUCACCUGAGCCACCGGCUGAAGCCUACCACACAGUUAAUGUCGGUCUCCACCAGCACGCUUGCUGUAUUUUAGGAUCUAACUUCAGCCAUGUGAUAAGAGGAGCUGUAGGUGGUGCCGCGCCGGGUGCCCUUGCCCAUGCGUGCGGGGGCACUGCAGGCGUCGGGGCACGCCUCAAGUCACGCUCACAAUCCGGCCAUGCAGGGUACAACUUGGACCCUAGAGUUGCGCUUGCUUCACAGUCAAAUGUAGGGGCUUUUUCUUCAGAGUGCAUCAUCCAAACUGCAGGCUUCAUGAUGUCACUGCUUCCCAAUCCCUAGCGGCUCCUGGCUAGAACUGGAAAAAGAUUUGUGAUCUCGGCAUUGUCUGUGCCGCACAGAACACCAGUAGCUGGUUAACAUGGGUGAGCCACGGCAGCCGGCUAGGGUUGUUCCUGGCAGGACCUCGCACAGCAGGAGUUUGACUGGGUGUCGACAGUAGAGCUGUGUUGGGUCCUGCCUUGCCACUUCCUGCCCUUCCCUCGCCCCCUUGCACCAGUAAGUCGAACAAGCGACCCUUGUGUGGCAUUACUGGCAAGGGUGACCACUAAGGGCAAGGGGUGGCAUCUGCAUGUAACCAGUUAUCUAGUGGGUAGUCCACGUAGGUCCCCUAGCACCCUAGCUUCUAUUGUAGUGUGUAGGCUUGGGGCACAAGUCCCCGCACACUUGCAUGUUAGCACCUUGCUUACCAGGUUUAACUGUAUCAAUGUGAAUAGAUCUCCUGUAACCUAUAAAUGAUGCUCCUAUAUUCUGUAUGUUAGAGCCGCGCCCUCCUGAUGGCGAAGGGUUGCCUGCUGCCGCCCCAGCCGCCCGCCCGCGCGUCCGCACUGCCUGGCGCCCCCGACCCAUCCUCGGGGCUGGUCAUCGGGCCAGCAUACUCACUGUGGCAGGACAUCUUACUCCAGUAUCUUACACUCAUUUAUAAUCACGUCUUAGCCAGCCAAGCAAAUUUAUAUAUGUACAUAUAAACUUUGCCAAAUCUAACCAAAGUCAUAGUGAGGACCGGGUAUGGAGGGCAGUAGAAUUUUACGAGGAAGUCCUCACGAAGCCAAAUCAAAACUGAGCGCCAUAUAUAUAUAUAUAUACAUAUAAAUAUUAUCUGUGUAAGUCCUUCACAGUCGUAUUGCCCUUCGUGAGGGCCGUCCACGUAAGAUCUGUUCCUUGUGAUCCUGUUGGCCUUCCCAAGCCACAGCGAUGUCUUGACACUUGGGCAUGAGUCGCAUGACCCUCGGUUAUUGUAAGGUCCAUUAUAAUAUGAAGUAAUAGUAACAUUAAUCAUAAUUAUAAUCACGAUAAUCAUAUAGCCAGUCUGAUGACAACUCAUGUGGCAGUAGCCCGUACUUCGCUGGGGCACCUGGGUGAGGGGGUUGAGAACGCCCUCGCCACGCCCCAGGGGAGUGCGGGCGGCCGCCGCCCACUCUCCUGCCGGUGAUAGAGGACAGUCUUCCCACGUCACUGGCCAGGCAAUGCAUGCUCCUAGUGUCUAUUUUAUUUUUACUUGAGAAUAUUUGUACACUGUAAUGAACUAAGCCAGUUUUUGAGAAAUUAUCGUGUUUCCAAUCGUCCCCACCUUUGUCAGGGUUGAAAUCUCAAUGUAGAGAAACACAUUUCCAUUGUUAUUUUUAUAUUUUAUCGAUGCUUACUGUUCAUUGCUCGUUUAGCAAUUAAUUUACGCUGGCUUGGUUUUAAAAGUCACAAAUUAAGUGAGUUUUAUACUUAUACAUGUUUGUUUUUAAUUUAAUUUCUAUGAAUGCUACUCCAAACGUUUAAAUAAAUGAUUUUGAUAUUUUACUAAUGGUAUGCUAGCCAGUGUUCAGGCAUCUGCCAGAACUGUGUAGUAGAGUGUGGGAUUGAAAGUCCCAAACAUUUUGUGAUAUUUUCUUAUUGUUAUUUAAGUCGAUUUCUCUGUUUUCCUGUGACUACUGACGUUGUUAUGUUAACUGUUAGGUUAAGGUCGCCGCGUGAAGGGAGUGCUCUCUGGUGGUCGCUGCUGCACGGUGGCUUGCCAACCGCCCGACCACAUUACGAGAGGGCCAGUGGCACACACUUUCCAAUACCCCAACUGCGCUCACCAAGUCCGAUCACCAGUCACCAAGUGGUUUCUCUCUCGAAUCUCUUCCUCUCCCCAAGUGUGGCGCACGAGAAAGCGAGACUGUGCCUGCGUCGCUUCAUCGAAUUAAUCUUAAAAUAAGAAUAGAUAUUAUAAAGAGAGAGAAUAAUUGUUUAAAAAAAAGUCUUAGGAGGCAUAAAAUGGAGAGGACAGUGAUAGCAGAUUCUUUUUCUUAAAUGUUACUGACGUCGUGAGGGACGAUAGAAUGAUGAUCCAUCCAUGUGCUUGUUCUAAUAAUCUCGUUUAGGUUUGGGUAUUGGAAACUCAUGCGAACUAGCUCUCACCUCGCCAACAAGCUCCAGCCAAACGCGGUCACGCUCACAACGCCUCUACCUGUACACAGUCCUGGUUUCAAUUGCAGGCUGAGGGAGAGGUAACUUAAGGGAAUCUUUUUUAUUCAGUAAUUUGUUGAUCUCUCUCGCCUUUUUUUCUAUCGUUUCUUUUCCAUUUUUAGGGGGAAUUAUUAAAAGAAUAAUAAUAAUGAUAAAUAAUGUUAUUAUAGAAGGGUGUUCACCAAUGCUCAGAGUGUGGUCUCGCGUUUGUGUGUCAGAACGUUCAAAGAUGAAGAGCCACGUUUUCUCAUCCCCAAGAUGAGAGCGUGGGCGUGAGGCGUGGGUGGCGUCACCUGGGGGCCCGUGCAACACCCCAAAGACACAGGGGAGAAGAGGGAGGGCGCCGGCUCAAAAACACCGCGGGGGGACGUCCUAAGGCCUGGUUCAGAACCACUGCUAUUGUAAAGUUGCCGUAGAUUUCACAGAACCUUGGAAGAAAAAUCCGAUUCCAGUCAAAUAUUUUGUGUUUUUUUGUCUUAACUUUUAUAUUGUAUGUAUGCUACCCGGGAGCUCGUACUUUUAAUUUAACUUUUUCUCAUAUUUUAUAUAUCUAAUAGCUGCAGAAUACUCACUCAAAACCUGGGGAAAUCUUUUUAGUCCGAGUAAUGUACUUUUCAUAUAACUUUGAAUUAGGAAAUUUUAUACGUGAGUUCUUUUUAAAAAUAUACGAAAUAGUCCCUCCCUAACCCCGCCUCACACCCGCCCAGACCGCCCGACACUCACCCAUGUUGAGCAAACGUUCAACUUCCAGCCUUGACCAGUAUUGCUUGCAACGAGGGCAACGUGAGUAGCAGUGCGUGCGCGCGCCAGGCCCGGGCUCACCUUUGCAGCCACCCCUGUAGUGCGGCCGCGGACCCAGAGCGUGUGUCCCAAGUUAGCAUCCCCUUUUAUACGAAGAUGAAGCCCAUGGAGGAAUAAAAAAACAUAAAAAAAUGUAUAAAAAAAACAAGGCGGAUCUGUGACCUCUUUCAAGAUAUUGGUAGACAACAGCCAGUAGCCUCUUCUAUUGGGCACCCUUGUAUCAAAUUGUAACGUUUUAUCCAAUUGUACUAACACUUUACAGGAACAGUGCAUUGAUACAAUCAUGCCUCAAUUAUAGACUACUCAUUAUAGUUAAGAAAUUUUAUCCAGCCAAUUGUAUAUCACUAAUAUGUUAAAUGCCAGUUAAGUGAACUGUUGUGCAUAUCCAAGUUGUAUGUUAUUUGUACUAUUGUGUAUGCGUGAAGUCUGAAUUAUUACUACUUUUAAGUGAUAAUAUCUUGGAAGGUGGCGGGGGCGGGGAGCGGGGCGUCUUAAGGCUGCUUUAUACUGUGGCUCUCAGACGUCCAAAGUGCCACAGUGCCAACAUCUCACGCCAGGACAAAGCGGAGACCUCCGCACACAUACGCGCCGAUCCUAACACCAACCACUCAAACUGCAGAGAGCUAAAUACAGAGAAAAAUAUAUUACUAUAUUUGCUUAUAUAUUAAAUAUAUAUAUAUAUACAUAUACAUAUAAUUUUUCAUGCUCUUCUAUUUUAAUCACAUUUAAUACAUUCUAGGACAAUAUAAAAGGAAAUAUAUAUAUAUAUUAUAGGAUGCGCUUCUCCUGCAAGAGAGGGUGUUUGUGUCGGAGGCGGCCAUGUGGGCUGCCGUCCACCCACCCUAUCACACCACCACCACCUGGGCGAACCUGCCUCACUGCACCACUACCAAAUUGCUCACCUGCUUCAGUUAGUCAGUCUGUGCAUAUAAAUAUAUAUGUAUGUUUAUAUAAAGUAUAUGUGUAAGUAUGUAUAUAUAUAUAUGAAUAUAUAUGUAUAUAUAUAAUAUAUAUAUGAGCUUUACUAACUGAGCAGAAGCAAAUGUUAGGAAUAUUGGUUGGGAAGAAGCAAUGUUUAUCUUAGGGGUAUAUAUGUAUGGCACAAGAAUUUUAUAGUCAGAAACACGAUAAGAGAAUGUUAAUAUUUUUUAAUACCAAUAUUAGUAUGUAAAAUGUAUGUUAAGUAUAUUCACAUAAUCAAGACUAGCUAUUAAACCGUUGCCAUAAAGAAAUUUCGUGAAAUUACAACGAGAUGGUUGCGAGAACACUAGGGAUGGGGGGGAGGGGAAGACCCGAGGAAUUAGACAAAAUGGUGGCAGUGGUGAAUCGCAGUUGGCAGCUUGGUGGUGGCAGCGGUGGGAUGCAGUUGGCAGCUUGGUGGGGGGGUCCAACAUUCCAGAGCCAGCAUAAUAAUACCCCCCGCCCCCCUCACCCUGGUCACAGUCAUAACAAAGUGUAGCGUAAUAAAGAACAAACAAAAAUGGAUAA